AUGGCGCAAGGUCCCUCAUGCGCAUCGGAGCUCCAGUAUUAUCAAGCUUUGUAUCAUGCUAAUGCUGGUUUUGCGAUAGGGACUUAUCGCCUCAAAGAUGACCUGCACCUCGCAACCCCUCCUCCACAUCCUUCGGAGGCCCCCGUCGUCAAUCCGAACCCUCUUGCAACUGUUCCAACACCCCCAACAUCCGGCGUCAAGCUGUCGCUUGUUAGUGUUGGCCAACGAAACAAGAUCCCUGUGUUUACCUCGAAUGUGAAGGUGACGGCGCCGCCAUUCGCAGAUGGCAACCCUGCUUUAGUGCCCGUUCCUACGAAGGAUGGCUUAAAGAGACGGAAGCCCAAGAACAACAUCAUAAAGAGCAGUUCGUCAUUUGUCUCACGGGUCAUCACCCAUGAGGCUUCUUCCAAACGACUCAACGAUCGGAACCCUGAUGGCCUGUUCGCCUUCGCUAAUAUCAAUCGGGCAUUCCAAUGGUUGGAUCUUAGCUCAAAGAAUAAAGAGGAACCACUGGCGAAAAUCCUCUUCACCAAAGCGCAUAUGUUGACGCAUGAUAUCAAUGAGCUAACGAAAAGUUCUUCUCAUAUCGACAUUGUUAUGGGCUCGUCGGCUGGCGACAUAAUUUGGUACGAGCCUAUCUCCCAGAAGUAUGCACGAAUCAACAAGAAUGGAGUUGUCAGCAAUUCUCCAGUGACUCACAUAAGAUGGAUUCCCGGAUCAGAGAACAUGUUCAUGGCUGCGCAUGCGAAUGGACAAUUGGUCGUAUAUGAUAAGGAGAAGGAAGAUGCGCUUUUCACUCCUGAACUUAGCAAUCAUUCGGCAGAGGCGAUGAAAGCAUCUAGUCGACUACCGUUACAGGUACUGAAAUCCGUAAACUCCAGAAACCAGAAGACGAAUCCCGUUGCGUUGUGGAAACUUGCCAAUCAGAAAAUCUCUCAGUUUGCCUUCUCGCCCGAUCAAAGGCAUCUGGCUGUGGUUCUAGAGGAUGGAUCGCUACGCGUGAUGGACUAUCUCAAGGAAGAUUACUAUGGAGGCUUGAUAUGCGUUUGCUGGUCACCUGACGGCAAAUACAUUGUGACAGGUGGCCAAGAUGAUCUGGUUACCAUAUGGUCAUUUCCGGAGCGCAAGAUCGUCGCACGAUGUCAAGGACACAAUUCCUGGGUCUCUACCGUUGCAUUCGACCCAUGGCGUUGUGACGAGAGGACAUACCGGUUUGGGAGUGUUGGGGAUGAUUGCAGGCUGCUACUGUGGGAUUUCAGUGUAGGCAUGCUGCAUCGCCCUAGAGCUCAUCAAGCUAGUGCUCGGCAGCGAACCAGUAUGAUUGCAAGCAAUACACAGCAUUUCAGCCGCCACAGAGCCGACAGUGCAAGCAACCGGAUGAGGUCGGAUUCUCAACGAACUGCAGACACUUAUAAUGAAUAUGACUCUGCAGUCCGUCAUCCGGUAGAACCUAGGGCUCGGACAGCCCUAUUACCACCUAUAAUGUCAAAAAUCGUCGGGGAUGACCCUAUUUGUUGGUUGGGCUUCCAAGAAGACUCGAUCAUGACUUCUUCUCUUGAAGCAGCUGACACAGCAGAAGGUCACAUUCGUACCUGGGAUCGCCCUCGAGAAGGUAUCAAUGAUAGUUACAACGGUAACACCUCGUCGCCCGCGAUCAGCACCAGUGCCGCCGGGUCAGGCAUAGCAGACUCGGUCAUGGGCUCAUUUUGCGAAGGUCAAUACAUUAAGGAAGAAUGGACGGUUAACCUCCUAUGUGACAGCCGACGUCUCAGCAAGAAGUGCUACUAUCAUCCAGCUCCUAUGACAAAGCUGAGCAAAGUCUCUGCAGGCGAGCCCGAUGUGGCUCCUCGUACAAGAAUCAACCAAGAGAUCGAUCAUUCCCUUACCAGUGCCCUCACCGAGGUAUCCACAUUAAACUGUACCUACCUAGGGUCAACGAGCUUCUUGUCAGUUUUUCGUGAAACACAACCAGGCUUGUCUCCAAAUCCCAUACCGCAUGCAGUCCUACAAGGGCGAUGGAGCCAUGAGCAUACGUUCCUGGCAUCGCGCCUGGCUUGGCUACUGUCUGCCUUUCAGCUCUACGAAGAAUUGAUUAUAGGUCACUAUGAGCGGACCCCGACUGCUAUCAUCCCAUUGCAACUCAUCCUACAGCCUCUUAAAAUGGCCAGGACUUAUUUGGAAACAAACGGCUGGGCCAGGCCAUUUCCUACUUUGCGUAGUUCCUCAAGCCCAUGGGACUUUUACACUAUGUUCACCGGUGCAAACUUGAGAUGGGAAUUCAUCGGCAUCAUAUUUGCCUUCGCAGGAUUAGGUGCAUUAAGUGGCGAAGGGAAUCUGUUCAAGAUCAAUGGUCAAGGGUCGAUGUCCGCCAAUGUCUUUGCAGAAGAAAUGACUGCAGCUAGUGCCAUAUGCAUCGAUAUAUGCAAGCAACUUGAUAAAGUCAAUGAUUUGAUGAUAUGGUUAUAUCUAACACAUGGCGCGCUCGCCGCUGACUUUUUCGGAGAAACAAGCCAUCGAAACUAUGAGCUGCUUGGAGAUCUGGUGUCUCAUAUUUAUGCACUGGGUCUACAUCGCUUUCAGUCAUCCGAAAAUGACGUUCCUUUCUUCAUCUCUGAGACUCGAAAGAGGCUUUUCGUUACUUCAUACCUUUUAGAACUAUCACUAGGACGAAGAACGCCAGAUUUCACCGAGAAGCUCCGAACGACCUACGAGCAGUGCCUACAAAUGUGGGCACAAAUCCCCCAAGAAUACCACUAUAGUGCAGACUCCUGGGAGGUGCUAAGCCCCCAAUCAUGUGUCUCACUUAUACUCGCACAUUUCGAAUACCUGUAUACUGUGUUUCAAGUGGAGCGGAUCCGCAGCCGCGAAAACCAGGACGAUACGAAGGAUCUCCUUGACACAUCAAUGAAGGUAAUUUCUGCGGUAAACGAUCUUAUGAAACACCGCGAGCAGACAGGCAAUAAUAUCCUUAAGCGUUUCUUCUGCAUCCUUCUUUUCAAUGCUCUUGCACCUGCAGGUGUCCUUGCUACAGAAAUACAUCGGUGCACUAUCGCAGAAACCCCAGUACCCUGCUCUUCAUCCCGCUCCGAGAUCAUCCGUAAACUAAGCGUCUUCGUCUCGUGGCUUGGUAGUGCUGAUCCUUCCAUAAGCCACACAAACCGAACCUGCGUGGAUAUCAACAAAGCCAUAACAAAAUUGCUAGAUGAUACUUUAAACUAUCAGCCUUCGCGCCGAUCUGCAAAGCAAAUGCCAGACCCUAUUCAGGGCCAUGGACUAUUUGGAGAAAGUUCUUCUGGCUCUGUGAUGCCCUUGCCGAGUAUUGAGGAUUUACCAGACCUGGCGACUUUUGGCACUAGCGCUGACUUCCUCAGCUGGUUGGAUGACCUAGGAUUUGAAAAUACUCUACCAGAGCUUCUGUUUUAA